UGUUGUUUAACAGCCGAUGAUAACCAUAAGGUGUUCGUCCGAAAGGGAGGCAAUGGAUCGCUUCCGUGUGAACCCGCACUACAGGCCCACAAGAUUUACAAUCUUCAAUGGUGGAAGGAGGACAAGAAAAUUGUCGAGAUAGAGAACGAGAGGAUAAUCCUAUGGCAAGUGGCGGAGAACGUGGCGUUUGUGCCCGAAAGCGGUGCCCUUUCCAUACGAUUUGUCACUUUUGCCGAUUCAGGAGAAUAUCAUUGUAUUGUGAAUAACAAGAAGGAGAACGGAUUGAUGCGAUUCUAUGUUCAGGAGCGCAGCGACGGUACGGUUCGUCUCCAAAAAUAA